AUGGUCGAUCGAGCGAAGCUGCUUCCGAGCUCGCGGCGCCUGGUUGCACCUGCCCCGUUUGCGGGAAGGUCAUUUGCGUUCACUCAUGGAAACUGCAAGAACAAUGUUAUAUGCAAAGAACAUUCCCUUAAACAUGUGAGCAGAAUUAUUAUUGAAAUAUAUUUGUUAAAUAGAAAUACAUCAAACCAGACAGGAAAUGUUACACCAUUUGAACUGUGGCAUGGAGUUAAACCUAACUUGCAACACUUGCAAUCCAUUGGUUAUGUAAAUGAACCAAAAGAAAAGCGAAGGAAACUUGCUCCGAAAAGUGUGAAGAGUUAUAUGUUUGGAACAGAAGGAACAGAGAAACACCACGCUUCGUCCACGUCGGAAUUAACACUUGGAAAAAAAUUUCACAGAGUUUGA